AUGAUCUAUGAAGAAGAGGUAAUCACAGAAGAAGAGGAAGGUUUCAAAUGGAGCAACCUCAGAAGCUCGGAGUUCUCGCACAGAAAAAAGGGCCAAAUGGGAGGAAGAGCAAAGAGAAGGACCUUGACUAAGAGCUUGUCGGAGCUCGAGGUCGAAGAGCUAAAGGGGUUCGUGGAUCUGGGGUUCGUCUUCUUGGAGGAAGACAGAGUCGACUCAAGCUUGGUCUCCAUCAUUCCUGGGCUACAGAGACUGGGCAACAAAAUUAAAGAUGGUGAAGAAGAUGACGAAGAUGGUGAUGAGAAACUGACUGCUGGUGAGUCUGUAGUUGUUGCAAGGCCUUAUCUGUCGGAGGCGUGGGAAUGGUGGGAGGAGAAGAGGAAGGAGGAUCCAUUGAUGAACUGGAAGGUUCCUGCUCUUGGGAACAAGACCGACAUGAAAGAGAGUCUCAAAUGGUGGGCUCACACCGUUGCUUCAACUGUUGUUAGAUGA